UCCCAGCUUAAAAACAUAUCCUCAAUAGCAAAAACUUCUAGUUUGUCUAAGUUAUAAAUCUAAUAUUUCCAAUCAUGAUUAACCCGAAAAGGUUUGUCGACUUGACAAGGAAGUGGCAGAAAAUGGCUUCUGCGAAGCGUAGGAGAAUCUCAUAUCCAAGAAGUUUUGUUGCUGAUAAAGGCCAUUUUGUUGUGUAUACAACUGAUGAGAAAAGGUUCAUGGUUCCCUUGGAAUUCCUCACUCAAAUUGUCUUCAAGGAGCUCUUAAGAUUGUCCGAGGAAGAGUUUGGUCUUCCCAGCCAUGGAGCCAUCAUAUUGCCUUGUGAUAGUACCUUCUUGGAGUAUGUCAUUUCAUUGGUCCAAGGACGCAUUCCUGAAGAAUUGGAGAAGGCAUUGCUCACUUCCAUAGCAACAUGUCACCACCUGGCAUCAUCUUCUCUUGCUCCAGGACAAAGCCAACAAACACUUAUAUUUGGCUACUGAAAAAAAAUUGAUAGAAAUGACUGUAGAUAUAUUGACUGUAAACAGAUUACACAGUUCUUGAUGAAGUAUUGUUAAAAAAAAAUUUUCAUUCUUUAUUUUUAAUCUUGCAAAUCAAUGAUUAAAAUGUUUUCUGUCAUGAAUUGACUGUGAAUGAGAAUUGCCAUUUUGUGAUUAGU